AUGGAUGUUCAAAAGAGACUGACACUGUUUUUGAACGAGUUUUGUGCCGCGAAUGCGAUCAGCGAAGCGCCUGCAGCGGAAAUCGUAAGGACCCGUUCGAAAAAUGCGAAUAUUAAAGCCGACUGUCGCAUUUAUGUGCGUCCAACCCAGCUAAGUGCGUUUCAAGAAUGCAUGGACCGUUUUAUCGAACAGGUGCUGAAAUCCAGCACCACAUGGCCAAUUCCUAUAGGAAAAUGUAGUUUUCACGCAGAAACAUCCUACAUUGAAAUGUGGCUGCCAAGAACUGUUGCCUUUAAGUCACAUUUAAAGUCUCUCACACAAGAUAGGAAACCUGUAAAGUGUGGCGGUGAAGUUGCCUUUGUGUAUGUUCCUUAUGUCGAACCAUCGUUCACAUCCGUGAGGACAGAAAUGCUUGCAGCAUACACAGCUGCCUGCUACAGCAACGAAGGGUUUCUAACGAGCAUUUACGUGCGAGAAGCGAAAAACAUAAAUGUGCCCACUACGGUUACCCGCAUACAGCACACCGAUCAGAUCCAGUUCAUGUCGGACGAGAAAGUUUCCGAAUUACUCCAGCGAUGCCAGUAUUACGACAGCACAAGCGGAAUGCUGAAUUUACGGGAGUAUCUCCAAAGCAAAGGCGGCAAAGCUGUUUCUGGAUGUGACACAAAUGUUUGUUCUGUCAACCAAGACAGCGUGGCGUUCAGAACAGCUGUGUCGCUGUUAGAUGUUGUUCAGAGCCACUUCAAGCAGUUGCCAGAUCUUAUUGUGCACGUCGUGCCACAUGGAAAGAGCUUUGUAGUUCAGAACGCGGGACUUAUCUUCGAGCUACUGUGCUCUCUACUUACAGAGAGUGCUAUCUGCCGGAGACAGCAAUACCUCAUCCACGACUGCGUUUCUGCGCCGGGAUGCGACUCUCCGGAGAAAUACAUUUCACAAACGAAGUUGUAUCUGAGAGAAGCCUUCGUACAGCGCUGUCAAACAAGAAGCGCCGAGGAUCUUGAACGUUCCAUCAAGAUACUUGCAUGGAGCAAGCUGGCAUUUGAAAUCCUGGGCUCAAAGCAAAACAUGAAAGUUGCACUGAAGCAAGCAGACAACUAUGAAGGCAAAGGAGGACUCUUUGUCCAGUACACAUCUGCUAGGAUAUCGGCUCUGCUUUCAAAGUACGAGGAUGAAGUUGCGAAUGGAACAUACCCUGCUUUAUCUGCCAUAGAAGAUGUGGACUUCUCGGCAUUGGACUCUGACCUGGAGUGGAAAUUGUGGCACAGUUUGGACUCCUGUAAGCACCUGCUCGAAAAUAUGCAGCUGUGUCGAAACUAUGUAAGAGUAGAGGUACAUGCGCACAAACUGUGUGAAGAAUUGAUAGCCAUGUGCCUUGCAUUUGGUGCCUUCUACAGCAAGGUCAAAGUGUUGGUGGAGCCUCGGCAGCAUCUUCUCGGAACGGUGAUGGCACGCUUGUGGCUAAUCAAGGGUGUGCGUGUUACGCUUUGUAGAAUGUUGGAAAUCCUGAGCUUGCAGCCUUUGGACUGGAUGUAGUAUUCGAUCAACCUAAGUACGCGGGUUUACUAACGAUUAAUUAAAGGAGCGGGCCAUGUAUCUGAAGUGUGUAAUCACCUUAUCUUACACACUGCCAGCGGUCGUUUUCUUUGUGCA